UUUGCACCGGAGGUGAGGCCAGCCAUGAGCCUCGUCUGUGGGCGUUGGGCACAAAUAGCCCUUGUUACAAAUCACGGUUUACUUCUGGGUCACCUGUGACACAUGCUUUUCCUGUCACCCUUCCUCUGCUCUCAGCCCUUCUAAGAGCAGCCGUGACUGUACAGGGAGGAAACGUUUGGAGUUUGAUGAGUGAGUGCCGGAUUGCACAUCCCAUUGUUAAAUGCACUUACUGCAGGACUGAAUUCCAGCAGGAAAGCAAAACCAACACAAUAUGCAAGAAGUGUGCUCAGAACGUGAAGCUCUAUGGCACACCAAAACCUUGCCAGUACUGCAACAUCAUCGCGGCGUUUAUUGGCAACAAGUGUCAGCGGUGCACAAACUCAGAAAAGAAGUAUGGACCUCCACACUCCUGUGAGCAGUGCAAGCAGCAGUGUGCCUUUGAUAGGAAGGAUGACAGAAAGAAGGUGGAUGGAAAGCUGCUCUGCUGGUUAUGCACACUGUCCUACAAACGGGUCCUACAGAAGACCAAAGAGCAGUGCAAGCACCUGAGCAGCUCCUCCCGAGCCAGCCUGCAAGAGAAGGAACAGUACAGCAGGCUGAGCAGCAGCAGCCAUUACAACAGCCAGAAAACCUUAUCCACCUCUUCUAUUCAGAAUGAAAUCCCAAAGAAGAAAGCCAAGUUUGAUGCCAUAUCUGCCAAUGGUGACAGCGUUCCUUCCUCUCCCGAGAUGCUUUGCCCCCCUAUCCAGAGUGCCCCGUCCACGUUGGCGCAGUGGGCUGCUUCCCAACAGAGUCUCGGUGCCCACCAUUGUCCUGUUUCUCAAGGCACUGACAUCCUGAAUUUUUCCCCGGACCUCGCCCUGGACUCUCCUGGCACUGACCACUUCGUUAUCAUUGCCCAGCUGAAGGAGGAGGUGGCUACUUUAAAGAAGAUGCUGCACCAGAAAGAUCAGAUGAUUUUGGAGAAGGAGAAGAAGAUCACGGAGCUGAAGGCUGACUUGCAGUACCAGGAGUCACAGAUGAGAGCAAAGAUGAACCAAAUGGAGAAGACUCACAAGGAGGUCAUGGAGCAGUUACAGGCCAAGAACAGAGAACUCCUGAAGCAAGCAGCUGCCCUAUCCAAGGGCAAAAAACCUGAGAAGUCGGGAGCAAUAACCUCCCCUUAAAACCAAACCCCCAGUGUGGGAGCUUUCCCCAGCAUUAGCCAAGGAGUCUAGGAGGCCUGCCUGAUCGCUGGAAGCCAAAACCUCAGUGUUGUCACUAUCCCACUGCUGUGGACUCGAUGGAAACGCCUGGGGUGUGUUGCCUUUCGACAGCAUGCUUGAGUGUGUCUGGUCUCUGAAUUCUGUUCUGUAUCAUGGCGAUCCAUGGGGAGAGGUCCCAGCACCCCAAAUCCCCCCGAAGUACUGCUGACUGGAAGGACUGACCAGUUACUACCACUGCCAACUCUUUGUAUUAGCAAACAGGAACCUGCUGCAUUACAGACUGCUUGCUGGUUUCAGACCUGCUGCUGUGAGGCAAUAGCCAUGGCCAGUUGUUCUGCAGAUGAGACAGGAGCUGUGUGGUGGGAGCUUGAUUUCUCUGAACUGUUCCCUCUUGGAAAGGAAGCCGAUGCAUCACCAGCCCAACAGCUGUUAUGGAAGGUUGUGCCACUGCUGAGAACGGUUCGUCCAUCCUUUUGAGAACGCUUCCAAGAUGGGGGCUGUGUAUUUAUCUUGGAGGGUUGGGUUUUGUGGGGGGGUUGAUUUUGUGUUUUUUCUUUUAU